AAAACACACGAUGAUGGUGGUGGUGAUGUUGUGAUAUCGCGGUCCACCGACGACACCGGAUCAAUUUUCCUGAAAUAAAACAAAAAAAAAACAGGCUCGCCCGUCUGGCCCAGUAGACAGAGUGGGCGGUAGAGCCGACGGGGGGGGGGGGACACAUCAUUAUCAUCGCCAUCGUCUGCGGCAAUUAUUGUGUCGUCGUCGGUCGUUCCUGCUGCUGUUCUCGCUUGUCAUCGCCAUCCACCGCCUAACCGAAUCCAAUCAACAUGGAAUGGAUACCACGAGGAUUGGCAAACAUUCAUGCUCCAAUACCACUACCCGUACAAUCGAAACUAGCACAGAAGCGUCCCGUCACUAGCCCGGCACCGCCCGUCCUGUCCUCCUCCGCCCAGCAGCAGCAGCAGCAGCUGCUGCACCAUCCGUCUUCCUCGCCACACUCGAACCAUCUGCUAGGCGGCCCGAACCACCAUCUGCCGCCGGGCGCCUCGCCCGGUUUGGUGCCGCCCCCGCAGCAGCAGCAGCAGCAGCAGCAGCAGGCCCCGCUCGGUGUGCCGUCGGUGGCCAGUAGUGGUGGUGGGGGAGGCGGAGGAGGUGGUGGAGCAGGAUCGUUUGCUGCCGCGCUGCGUAAUCUCGCCAAGCAGGCGGACGUCAAGGAAGACGAACCGUCGGGUGCAGGUGGUGGUGGUGGAGGCGGCGGUGGUGCACCAGGGGAGGUGGCAACGGAGGAGGAGGAGGUGGAAUGCAGCUGGACGUCGGGCAACGCGAUGCCAUCGAUGGUGGUGGACAGGCGCGGGGAGGACGCGCGGGGGAACAUUAUCAGCGACGGCGGCAGGAUACGAAGCGGGGACGGGGGGCGGGACAGUCGGGGAGGCGGCGUCGAUGCGGCCAAGAAGCAGCAUCAGCAGCAGCAACGCUCCUCGCCGCAACCACCGGAGAAGAUGCCGCGCCUCAAUCCGCCCAGCUCGAAUACGAUCCAGUCGGAACUGCUGGCCCGAAGCGGAUUUCAACCGUACAGACCGGACGAACGGCUAGCCCAUCCGGCCGGUGCGUUUCCGAUCGAUGCGUACUCGGCGUUCGGCUCCAUUCCCGGCAUGCCACCAGCAAAUCUCUUCAACCCGGCCGCACUGGCGUACCACGAUCCGGCCAUCUAUCUCGAUCCGCGCUACCAGAUGCUGCGGGCCAGCCACCAUUCGGCCGCAGGGCACCCGCUCUACCCGUCGCUACCCUACCCGCCCAACCUGUACGGCAUGCUGCCCGGCAUGGGCAUGCAGAGCAUACACGAGCGCAUGAAGCUGGAGGAGACGCGCGAGGCGGCGAUCGAGCGGGAGAAGGAGCGCGAGCUGCGCGAGCAGCGCGAGCGGGAGCAGCGCGAGAAGGAGCAGCGCGAAAAGGAGCAGCGCGAGAAGGAGGAGCGCGAGCGGCAGCAGCGCGAGAAGGAGCAGCGGGAGCGCGAGCAGCGCGAGAAGAGCGCGCGAGCGGAAGCGGCCCGCGAGCGCGAACGGGAGCGGGAGCGGGAGCGCGAGCGAGAGCGCAUGAUGCACAUGAUGCCCCACUCGCUGCCCCGGCCGUUCUUCUCCAUUCCCGGCCUGCCGCCCGGCCUGUCCGCACCGCUCGGGCUGGGCAUGCGGCCCCAGGGCGGUCCGCUCGGGCUGCCCUCGCACCAUCCGCUGCACCCGUCGCUCGGGCUGAGCAUGGGACUGGGGCUGCCACAAGUGCCGCAGCCGCCGGCCGGCUCGUCGCUCAAUCUGUCGCACCCGUCGGCGGGCAUGGUGCCGCAGCCGCCCCCGCCCGGCAGCGCGCUGGGCCCCCGUCGAUGA